CAGGGUGGGGUGAAAUGUUAGCUGAGCUCACAAGAUCCCACAAAUUACUUUGUCACCAGCAAGCUGUGACAAGCAGAGGCAGAAAGUAGUUUCCCCUCCCGCUCCAAAAAAAAUAGGCGUGUAUCGGGAGCUGUGUCACAGGGAGGCGGAGAUGCAACAAAACUGAGGUGGAAACCAAACGCAUGGAUAGACGGAGGACACGCACGGAUGCCCCCCUGUCCCCCAGUGGUGCUGCUGAGUCUGGAGGAGAAGGUGUGUCAAAGUUCGGGAAAGAGCAUUUUUAGCCAUUGCGACGGAGGAUGUACGUGAAGCUGCAGCAAGUCACAUGCCGUUGUUGCUCAAAAAAGGGAGAAAAUCAUUUUUAUAAUGGCCUCUACGCCAGCUUGUGAGUGACUUCUAAAACAAAUAAUUCACUAUUCUGAAAAAGCUCAUCCGAUUGCCCAUUUCUGGGCUCCCUAGUUCAGUCUUGUUGGACCUCACCGUGUGGUGAAUACUCCCGGGUGGUUUGUUAAGAUGCGUUAAGGAGCAGAGGAAGUGGUGUUUUUACUUGGCUGAGUGUUUAAAAAAAACAUGUGAAGAGAAACUGCUUGGGGAGCCGAACAACGCUGAACCGACACAUGGACGGGGCGGGCGGUCGUCUGCGAGGAGAAGGUCUGAAUAGAGAGUGUGGAGGUUAUUAAAAUAUUGGAGUCUGCUUACGUGUGAGUGCAAGCCUUUUGACAGCUCACACGUCAUUGUGUUACCUGCCUUGCUGAGUCAGGGGCUUCCAGUAGCCCGCCCUUCAGAAGACCCAAAUGUUUGGAGCUAUUCACAGUCCUGAACCUGCGAGACUCUCCACACUGCUUUAAUUGUUCACCCCGAGGGUAAACACCUUGCGUCAGUCGCACCUUUCCGCCUGUGAUUCACUUCAUCCAAGCUCUCCAGGCCUGCCAGGAGAGAAGCGCGGAGGCAGGACUCAGCCGAGGCACAUCUCCAGCGGUGCGCCAUGAAGCUGGCCCUCCUGAUCGCUGUGGCCGUAUACAUGGUGGCCCGAGUGAGCAGCAUGUCCACGUGCAAGACCCUAGAUUUGGAAAUGGUGAAGAAGAAGCGCAUCGAAGCCAUCAGGAGUCAGAUCCUCAGCAAACUGCGUCUGCCCAAAGAGCCCGAGGAGGACCAGGCGGGAGACAAGGAGGACAUCCCCUCUACGCUGAUGUCGCUCUACAACAGCACCAAGGAGAUGCUAAGGGAGCAGCAGGCCCAGGUCCAAACGCAAAUCUCCACCGAGCAAGCGGAGGAGGAGUACUUCGCCAAGGUGCUGCACAAGUUUAACAUGACCAAGAAAAACUACUCUGAGACCACCAAGAACUCCAAAAGCGUCUCGUUAUCCUUCGACAUCUCAGAGAUUCGGGGCAACGUGGGUGACUAUCGGCUGUUGACCUCCGCCGAGUUGCGGAUACUCAUCAAGCAGCCCACCAUACCCACCGAGGAGCGCGUCGAGCUCUACCGCGGCACGGGCCCGACAGCCCGAUACCUGGCGUCCCGCUUCAUCACCAACCAGUGGAAUAACAAGUGGCUCUCGUUUGAUGUAACGGAGACCUUACAGGACUGGCUCCAAGGCAAAGAGAACGAGCAGGGAUUCGAACUUCGUCUCUUCUGCGAAUGCAGCCAGAGGAGCGGCGACGCCACUUUCAGCUUUUCCAUCUCUGGGAUCGAUAGCGACCGGAGCGACAUCGGAAUCCUAAAGGAGCAGACCCAGCAGCCGCCCUUCAUCCUGACCAAGUCCAUCCCACAAAGUGCCAGUGGCCAGCUUAGCUCGCGGAAAAGGCGCUCUACAGACACCCGAGACACGUGCACUGCCCAGACAGAGACUUGCUGCGUAAGGAGCCUCUACAUUGACUUCAGGAAGGACUUGGGCUGGAAGUGGAUCCACCGACCGACCGGUUACCAUGCCAACUACUGCAUGGGUUCCUGCACCUACAUCUGGAAUGCUGAAAACAAAUAUUCUCAGAUUCUGGCACUGUACAAGCACCACAACCCCGGAGCGUCGGCCCAGCCGUGCUGCGUCCCGCAGGCGCUGGAGCCCCUUCCGAUUCUAUAUUACGUCGGCAGGCAACACAAGGUGGAGCAGCUUUCCAAUAUGAUUGUCAAGUCUUGCAAGUGUAGCUAAAUGAUGACGAGGCUUGGAAAUGACGAAGAAUCUCACUUUGGGAACACCGAUGGUGAAAAGGAGAUCCGAGCAGGAGCUCUAGGAAGUCACCCAUCGCCAUGUUGGAAUCAAACUGUGAUUCACCUUCCAUUGAUGUCAUUAAUAAUAGUGUAUAUAAUGUUUCCAUUAUAGUCACGAUUUUUGAAAAGGAUUAAUUUAUUUUGGGAUGGACAGACACGUGCAAGUGUCACAUCAGGACCCAAGUGAUGGCCACUGGACGAUACAUGUCUGCCACCAAGGUCAUGUAGCUGGAGGCAUGGAAAACAGCUGCUGUUGUUUUGAGGGACAUUGCAGCAGGUGUGUUUGCAAAGGACGACAGGCGAGCACACGAGGGAUGCUUCGCUCCGCGGAAACUCCCUCCCACUGAGAGCUUUACUUUGUUUUUUCAACCCAUGUCAAGUGUUUAACGUGUUUUUAUGUUUUCAUGAAUGAAUGUCAGCUCAGCGAACUGAAGCUUUUUUUCAUGCUGUCAAAAAUAGACUUAUUUGCCACCAUC